AUAAUUAUUAUAAAGAUGAAGAAAUUUUUUUCAACAGGUCUAUUGGCAGUUUCCGCCGAAAAGGAGACAGUCUCAAAUGUGGCCGAAAAAUCAUCGUCGUCUCCCACGGCGAGUGCAGAUGACAUCGUCAUGCUAGAGAUCGACGUAAAAGAACCUGCUAAAAGAUCACCUAUAUCAGCCAAUGGCAUUUAUGGAGCAUCACCAAGUCAAUAUGUUAUUCGACACGGUGAUGACGCUCAAGAGCUUUCACCGGAAUACCUGUCGGUACUACAGCAGUAUUCUCAAUCGCAGUCGCAAGCGUACGGACCAACAACUGCAGCGCCACCACCCCAACGCAGACCAUUGCCGGCUUAUGCUAGACAACAACAACAAUUACAACAAGCCUAUCACAAUUUUCGAAAACCUACCGUAGUACCGCCAAGACCACGAGCUCAACUUCAUCCUCAGGCUUUAGCUCAGGCUGAAGCGACAGCUCAAUUACAAGCUCAGAUUGAAGCUAGAAAUCGUGCAGAGGCUAUACAUACAGCUCGUUUAAAUCCAAGUGGUACAUCGACUUAUCAAGUGGCAGCAUAUUCUGAACCGAAAUUGGGUACGUUCGAGCAAGAACUUCUUCAAUUAGUGUCAGCUAAUCAAGCUCAGGAAUUCAAGCUCGUUCCAACUCAGCCAAAGUCUGCUUUGAAAUCUGGCUAUGCAUCAGAAUAUUCUCAACAAUUGGUAAGUUAUCCCAGUCAGUAUUCUAAGCCAGCAGCAGCAGCACAAUUACCGGAACAAUAUCAUAUCGAAACGACGGCACAACGUUAUCAGCAACAACAGCCAGCACCAGCUUAUCAAUCCGUCGAGGAACCAGUCCAAAUUCAAUACCAACCAGUACAGUCACUUCCGGUUCAAACGAAGGAGUUCAGACCUUCUCCUCAAUACCAAUACGCCGAGGAUCAUGGUAACCUGAAAGCCCAAGCUGAAGCCGAAGCUAUAGCUAGAGCUCAAGCACAAGCUCAAGCUCAAGCUUUAGCUUUCCAGAAGAUUGCCCAAGCUGCUCACAAUAAGCAUCAGCAGGAAGCUUUCCAACAGAUUCAAAUUGUGAACGAACGUCAUAGACAACAAAGUGCUUUGGAACAAAUACAGCAGGGUACUCAGAUCAGUGACGCAGGACGAGCUCAUAUCGAGGAACAAUAUCAUCCGAAAAAUCCAGAAGCUGCUUAUAGAGCACGUUUGAAGGCUCAAGCUCAAGCGGAAUUGGCCGAAGCUAGAAGAGCUCAGGAAGCUGCGGAAUAUAAAGCUCAUUCUGACGCCAUAUUAAAACUCCAGGCGCAACAGCAGGCUCAUCUUAAAGCUCAAGAGGAAGCCCACAGGAACGCUUUGAAUUUCGAGAAGAAUCAGUUGCAAGCACAGGCUCAAGCUCAGGCAUUGGCACAAGCUCAAGCCGAAGCAUUGUAUAAAGCUCAUCAACAAACACGAGCCAAAGCGAAUAGCGAAGUUGUUGCUGUGGCUAGAGCUCAAGCAGAAGCUAGGAAACAAGAUCCUGAAAAUACUCCAGUAGUUCAAUAUCUUUUACCCAAUAGUACACCUCUCCCAUCUCCAAACAGUUAUUACACCAGCGACGAAGUACAGAAGUAUCAAGCUUCUGGAUCAUCCUACGUUCCGAGAUCUGUCCCAAAAGAUGAAGGACCUUCUUCCAUAGCCGAGGAACUCCAACCUACGAUUACUCAGCCACGACAAACUCACAAAUUAAAGAUACCAACUGCCUCGCCAUCCUCUGUUUACGUUUCUCAAUCGGGCCUGUUAAAGAAAGCUCCAAUUAAAUCAUUGACGAUUGAAGAAAUUAUCGAUCAGGAUCAAAUCAAUGGACCCCAAGUCGUACGUAUUCCUACAUCCAAAGGACAUCAAACCUUAACUCAAGAAGACCUAUCAGCCCUUAUCCAUUCCGGUUACUCGGUUACCCCCAUUCCUCAAACCGUUAAACCUACCCAACAAACUUACAUCGGAGAAAACUCAUCGGCUGGAUAUUACAUAAAAAAACAAAGAAAUCCAGUUACCAGGCCUGAAUAUAUCACCUACGAAGAUGCAAUCCCUCAAGGUCGUAAAGCAAUUAGAAAGAAUAGACCAAUUUUAAAGCCACAAGGUAGCGAAGCUGAGGCUAGCGAAAAAGUUACAUACCUGAUACCUUUGGAACCAGAAUUUGGAAACAAACAACAACCAUUGGUUAGACGUUCUCAAGAAUGAAAAUCGUAUUAUCUAUCUUCGUUCUUAUUGUUUUUAUCCAACGUUAAUGGAUAAAAUCGGUAAUGGAACGAAAUCGAAAUUGAUGAUAUUAAGAAAAAAAGAAAAAAAUUUAUACAAAUUAUCGAAAUGAUUGAAUUGAAUUAGAGAGGAAAAAGAAAAAAAUAGUCUAAAUUAUAAAAUUCUCGAACGAAGUUUAUUAUUACCGAUAGUAUCCAUACGUUCUUUUUUUUUUUUUUUUAACUAUCUUGACACUUCCUUAAACGUUCAUACGCAUACGAAGCAC